GCAGAGUCUCGGUAUGUAGUUUAGGCUGGCCUUGAACUCACUGUGUGAUCCAGGCUGCCCUAGAUCUUACAGGGUCCUCCUGCCUCACCCUCUCGCGUACUGGGACUACAGGUGUGAGCCACCACGGCCGGCAUGGGGAAGAGUUUGAGGAGAACGAGACCUCAGACUGCUCAGUGGCAGAGUUUGGAGAGCCUGGAAGCGCCCAUCCUGGUGACUCAGUCCACAGCUGUAGUUCCUGUCAGAACUAAAAAACGUUUCACACCUCCUACUUACGAACUGAAAUACAGAACACAAAAGGAAUUUCUAGAACAUGCACGGAAAAGCGGAUUGGUUAUUCCUCCAGAACGUUUGGAACGUCCCAUACAUCUGGCCAGUACAGCUAGUAUCUUUGAUGCCUAUAUUCCUCCUGAGGGUGAUGCUCGCAUGUCAGCUCUUUCAAAGGAGGGACUGAAGCAGAAAACUGAGCGACUGAAAAAGAAUGUGACCUCACAAUUGUCAAUCCGGAAGAUAAGAGAAUAUGAUGCUAAUUUUAAGAUAAGGGACUUCCCUGAAAAAGCUAAGGAUAUCUUCAUUGAAGCUCACCUUUGUCUAAACAACUCCGACCAUGACCGGCUCCACACCUUGGUCACGGAGCACUGCUUCCCGGACAUGGUCUGGGACCUCAGAUAUAAGACGGUCCGCUGGCACUUCGUGGAGUCUUUGGAGCCAGCUCAGGUGACUCAGGUGCGCUGCUCCAGUCUGGUGAACCAGAGCAACAUGUAUGGCCAGGUCACCGUGCGCCUACAUACGCGGCAGACUCUAGCUAUCUAUGAUCGGUUUGGCCGGCUGAUGUAUGGGCAGGAAGACAUGCCCAAGGAUGUCCUGGAGUAUGUGGUGUUUGAGAGACACCUGAUGAACCCCUACGGGAGCUGGAGGAUGCACGCCAAGAUCGUUCCCCCGUGGGCGCCCCCAAAGCAGCCCAUCCUUAAGACGGUGAUGAUUCCUGGUCCCCAGCUGCAGCCGUGGGAGGACGGUAAAGAGGGCCCUGCAGAGGCCCCUAGCCCUCAGCUAGCCUGAUGGAAAAAUGGAAUGUGAGUGUCGAGGCUGCUGGAGGCCACCCACUGUCUCCCGCCCUGCAUAGGUCUUCUUGGUGGACUCAUCCUCACGGCCAGGCUUAGGCUGGUCCCUCUCCGUCUUUGAAAGACCAUGUCCAGCUUCCGAGUCUAGAUGAAGGGCCGUGUGUCUCGGAGAACGUACACCUGUAUCAGUUUGCUUUUCCAUGGCAGAGACUGGGAGCAGACUGGCAGUAUCUAGUCCCAGGGCAGGGGUCAGAACCUGGAAUAAAACACUGUCCGAUCAUCCAGGUGGUGGCUUCCGUGCACGUCUGCUGGUGAGGGCUGGGAGGAGAGCCUUCAGAUAGCAGAGUGGAAGACAGGCCUCGUGUGAGUGCCUGGACUUCCAGGAAGUCCAGGCCUAGGGAGAAUGAUGAGUGUGUGUUUUCUCAAACACUGACCUACUGAGUCUGGGUUUAGAUUUCCUAGAAGAAUAAAUACAAAUAAAUAUUUAUCUGUCA